UGCGUCCAACUGAAUUCGCUGUAAGUUCCGGGUUCGGUUGAAGUUGCCAUUAAAGAUUAGUCAUACAGAAUGAUAUGCAAACGCGAUCACCCGUUGCAGUAUGCAUUGGAAAGUGAAAUGUUGCGUUUCACCCAGUCAACCGAUCGGUGGGGGUCGUAGGCUGUGGCGAAGAUGUAGGGAUCAUACAGUUUAUGGUGCCUGACCCACUAACAUUCUCCUCAGUUACUCAGUGACGGCCUCGAUAAUCCAUAGAAUAUCUCUCGGUAAAAGAAUCUACGAAAUUACGUCAGUAUUAUACACAUAUUUGACAAUUUAAUAAUAAAAAAAGAUGCGUCGAAAUCGCGGUCUCCUGUUAUCGCUUUCGACGUGUCUGACGAUAGUUUUCGUCGUUCUGAACACGCGGUCGUCCACAGAAUUACUCGGGUCCGCGAUUACCACUGAAAAACGCAGUGUGUCGAGGAAACCGGAAGCGUCACGUACCGAUGAUCGAUGGAUCACUCGUAGUCAGACGCACCGAUAUAUUACUCCGUCUCUCGCCGAAUUGGGCGAAUUGCCAUACAAGCAUAAGCACAUUCUCAUGUUGACACGCAUACCCGGUGCGGGUGGCGAGUUGAUGGUGCUGAUCCUGCAGAGGUUACAAGGAUACAACGCUUUCAAACACAUACGUCUGCCGCCGGGCGACAACGGGCUCUUGUCAAGUUUACAGCAGGAGUUGUUAAUAGAAGAGAUUACGAGUAUCAUCAGACAAGAAGCUAUUCCCUUAACUUUCGAUGGGGAUGUAAGGUUCCUAAAUUUCUCAGAAUUUGGACGGCAAGGGCCUACCUUUAUAUCUUUAGUGAGAGAUCCCUUGGAUCUACGAAUUUGGCAAAAGUAUAAAAAAGGAGAGGAAAGGAUGCAUUAUUAUGCAGUUAUACCUUAUUUUUGUGGACAGGAUCCACGUUGUAUGGAACAAAAUAAAACGUGGGCAAUGGAGCGAGCUAAAGCAAAUGUUAUUCGAUGGUAUCCUGUUGUUGGUAUAUUAGAUUACAUGGAGGAAUCACUAAACGCAUUUGCAGUUGAAUUUCCCUAUUUUUUUAAGGAUGCUAUCCGUGUCUAUGAUCAUUUUCGUAAGUACUUUCGUAUACAAACAAAUAUAAAUAAAUAAACGCUCGACGUUUGCAAUGCAAAACAAUUCAAUUUAAACGACCAAAUAACGAGCAAUGUAAGGUGUUAAG